GCAAUGCUGUUCCGGGCCUCUCUCGUUCUUGCAGUCGUUUCUUUCGCUGCCCUUUUCUGUGCGCAGCCUGUGGAAGCUGCGCGAGGGCCCAAGAUCACCAACAAGGUCUAUUUCGACAUCAAGCAUGGCGACGAGUCCUUGGGUCGCAUUACCAUCGGGCUUUACGGUGGAACUGUUCCUAAAACAGUCGAGAACUUCCGCGCACUUGCGACUGGUGUAAGGAAAGAUGGCACCGAGCUGGGCUUCGGGUACAAGGGCUCCAAAUUCCACCGUAUCAUCAAGGAUUUCAUGAUUCAGGGCGGCGAUUUCACAAGAGGCGACGGAACUGGUGGAAAGUCCAUCUACGGUGAUCGCUUCGCGGACGAAAAUUUCAAGCUCAAGCACACGGCUCCCGGCGAUCUCUCCAUGGCUAACGCGGGCAAAGACACUAACGGCUCUCAGUUCUUCAUCACCACAAUCGUGACUAGCUGGUUGGACGGCAAGCAUGUCGUAUUCGGCAAGGUUAUUGAUGGCAUGGACAUUGUCAGAAAGAUCGAAAACGUGGCCAAGGGCAGAGGCGACAAGCCUGUUGAGGACGUCAUCAUCGUCGACUCUGGAGAGCUCCCUCUCGAUCUUGAAGUUGACGCCGAUGGAAAAGAGGUGCCUCUUCACGCUGAGCUCUAGUCAGCUAUCUAUCUAUGUAAAGCUGUCAUACCAAUGCAAGGCACUUCCUGCAGG